CAUCGCGCUGCAGCGCACCGGAAGGCUGUGAGUGUAACACAGAGUUCCACAGCAGACAGCUUUGCGGGGCCCAUGUGGCUCUGGCAGACCCGAGCAAAACAGCGGCUUAAAAAUCCCCGAAUCAAGCCGAUCUUUCACGCUAAUGCGAGCUCUUUAGGUCAUCCGUGUGUGUGAACUAGUGAAGAUGCUGAAGGAGGCGUUAGACGGGCAGCUUACAGCGCUUUAUAACGCGGUCGCCGCCUCAGAGCAGGUUCAGGUUGAGCCGUUGGGUCGCUGGUUCGAGGCGUUUCUGAAGCGCAGGACUAGAAAUGUGUCGGCCUCGUUUCAAGAGCUGGAGGAAGAGGAGCAGCUGUCUGAGGAAGAGGAGGAUGAGGAGCUGCAGCUGGAGGAGUAUCCCAUGCUAAAGACACUGGACCCCAAAGACUGGAAGGUCAGAAGACACUUCAAAAUAGUAAAGAGUAGCCUAUUUUGUAGUAACAUGCUGCUGUUCUCCACAGAUAAAGCCAUGGUCCUCAAACAUCACCCGGACAAGCGGAAAGCAGCAGGAGAGCAGAUUGUGGAGGGAGAUAAUGAUUAUUUCACUUGCAUAACAAAAGCGAUGGAGAUGCUGUCGGAUCCCGUGAAGCGGAGAGCGUUUGACAGCGUGGAUCCCACGUUUGACAACAUGGUUCCUUCAAAAGCAGAAGGCAAAGAAAACUUCUUCGAGGUGUUUGCGCCGGUGUUUGAGAGGAACAGCAGAUGGUCUGUUCAAAAACACUUCCCGAGUCUGGGAGCCCAGGACGCGUCUUUUGAAGAGGUGGAUCAUUUCUAUUCCUUUUGGUACAACUUUGACUCUUGGAGAGAAUUUUCAUAUUUAGAUGAAGAGGAAAAGGAAAAAGCUGAAUGUCGAGAUGAGAGGAGGUGGAUUGAGAAACAGAACCGAGCCUCUCGAGCUCAGAGGAAGAAGGAAGAGAUGAACAGAAUACGGACACUCGUUGACACGGCCUACAACUGCGACCCGCGAAUAAAGAGAUUCAAAGAGGAGGAGAAAGCCAGGAAAGAGUCGGAGAAGAAGGCCAAAGCCGAGGCGAAGAAACGAGAGCAGGAGGAGAAGGAGCGGGCACGUCAGGCGGAGGAGGAGGUGGCGCGGAUGCGGAGGGAGAAGGAGGAGGAGGCGGCGCGACAGGUGGCACAGCAGGCCAAGAAAGAGAAAGAAGCCCAGAAGAAAGCCAUCAAGAAAGAGCGGCAGAAGCUCAGGACGACCUGCAAGACUCACAGCUACUUCACAGACAAUGAAGCGGAUGGCGUCAGGAUGAUGGAGGAGGUGGAGAAACUCUGCGACCGCUUGGAGCUGACCAGUUUGCAGACGCUGAAUGAAGCUUUGGCCUCUGGGAGUAAAGAGCAGAGUAAAGCAGCUCUGGAGAAACAGGUGCAGGAGGUGAACGUUCAGAUGCAGAAGGAGAAGGAGGUGGAGAUGCAGGCGCAGCAGGCGGUGCGCGGGGCCGAGCACACCAGCGCAGGAGGAGGAGGAGGACUCAAUAACAGAGGCUGGAACGAGGAAGACCUGCAGCUGCUCAUCAAAGCUGUCAACCUGUUUCCCGCCGGAACCAACGCCAGGUGGGAGGUGAUCGCCAGCUACAUGAACCAGCACUCCAGCAGCGGCGUGAAGAGAACCGCCAAAGACGUCAUUAAUAAAGCAAAAACACUGCAGAAGCUGGAUCCUCACCAGAAAGACGAGAUUAACCGAAAGGCCUUUGAGAAGUUUAAGAAGGAGCAUUCGGCUGUUCCUCCGACCGCAGACAACGCUGUGCCAUCAGAGAGGUUUGAUGCUGUUAGCGCCGAGUCCAACUCCUCCCCCUGGACCACAGAGGAGCAGAAGCUUCUGGAGCAGGCGCUGAAGACGUACCCGGUGAACACGCCGGAGCGCUGGGAGAAGAUCUCUGACGCUGUGCCCGGACGCUCCAAGAAAGACUGCAUGAAGAGAUACAAGGAGCUGGUGGAGAUGAUAAAGGCUAAGAAAGCCGCCCAGGAGCAGGUCACCGCUAAAAACAAGAAAUGACAAACAUGCUGCAGGGAAAGAAAACACACACACACAACAUGGUCUU